GACCGUGCUGUCGGUACUCGGCGAUUUCGCAAUAGGUACCAGCGGUCAUUUUUCUUGUCGUUAUUUUGUUUACCAUUCCGACACGGGGGCAUUGUGCGUUAAAAAUACCGUCGACGACCUUGGCCGCCUAAAUUUGUACUUGUCCUACCUACCAUCGUUGAGCAACAUCUUGCGGCGCCAUCAUUUUCGUAACUCGUGCUUGAAGUGCAUACACGAUCUCGUGCACGUACUCUAUCCUUCUAUACUACUUGUCUAUUAUCCUGUUGUUCCGCACUCAAGUAAGCGUUCACAGUAUACUCUACCGGCGUCGGUGCUCCUGUGUAAAAUACUUCAGCCGUACUGUUGUGCAUACUCUUCUUCGGAAAGUAGUCAUGUAUUGAUAUGGCAAGUGACCAACAUCGAAUACCGAAGGAUCGUUUGCUGUCAUCGCCGUCUACCGUCAGUAUCGUAGUACGACAAGGCUAAAUUACGGCUUCAAAAAAGGACAAAGAACGUUCUAGUCUUCAUGAAUUCAGUUUGGACGCAGUGUCCAGUGCUGUUGCCACAGCGAUAGCACGAUCUGUCGUUGCCCCAUUUGAUAGAGUUAAAAUAAUUUCCCAAGUUCAUUAUACUUCACUAUCGAAUGGGCACCAUUCUCAUUACCAUCCAGGAAUCUUAACUACAUUAAAUCAAAUUUAUCGUGAACAAGGUUUACGAGCAUUAUGGUUUGGAAAUUUUACCAACAUUUUAAGAUUUGUACCUUCACAGGCUGUGAUGUUUGGACUGAAUACGUUUUACCUGAAAUUUUUGCUGGGUAACAUAAAGCACAAAGACAACGGUUGGAGCCACACUGCACUAAGUCUUAUUUCUGGUGGUUUGUCCGGUGCCACCACCCUGUGUAUGUUUUACCCGUUACUUUUCUGUCAGACUCAUCUGGCUUCUCACGUUGGCCCGUUAGUGGAUCGAGAAUACACUGGACUCAUUGAUUGUAUACAAAAAACAGUGCAAACUAGUGGCGUUCGAACUUUAUAUACAGGAUUUGCAAUAGCAGCUAAUGGAAUGGUAAUAAACAAAGCCAUUUAUUUUGGAGCUUAUUACAGCUUCAACAAAGUCAUACUAGAUCAUACAAAUAGUUUAGUUUCCAAUAAAGAAAAAGAUGUCAAGUUACCAUUUUGGGUUCGUUUUGCCACUGCCCAGAUCUCCACUUUUUUGUCACAAGUGUUAAGCUAUCCUCUGGACACAGUAGGGAGAGUGUUGAUUGUACAAACUUCACAUGAAGAAAAAAUAUACCAAAAUGCGAGGGAUUGUUUUUCCAAACUAUGGAAAUCUCAGGGUAUAAUGGGACUGUAUCGAGGAAUGGCGCCAAACAUGAUUCGUUCUACCGGAUCGGCACUUAUUCUCGUGCUUCACGAUGAAUUUAAAUGGUUGUUAAGUAAAACCGGCCUAUUUAGUCUUGAAGGACAAGAUGAUUAAUAUAAAUUAAAUUCACCCUUUGUCUUUUAUACUGUCUAGUUGACUUUUUAUUCUAGUCAAAUACUCUUCAAUCUUGUUAGUUUACACGACCAAUUUUGUGAAUACUAUGUACAACUUUAAAUACUUGUUAUGACAUUAAAGUAAUGCAAUUGAUUUUGUAAA